UCUGUUUCUGUUUUAAUUGCGUUGAAUUUAUUGUUGAGGAAUGACGUGUUUGAAAUUAUCAUUUUUCUGUCUUUUUUGCUUGCUCUUGAAGAUUUCAGUAAUUGGUGCAAAAGUAGCCAGUUCUGAAAGUGGAGAAUAUGUCUCAACGCAACUGACUAGUCAGAAUUACAAGCAGAUAUUUAAAAAUAAUAGAUAUGUUUUUGUAAAGUUCUUUACUGAGUGGUGUGCAUUCAGCAAGAAGAUUUAUGACAUUUGGGAACUUGUCGGUGAGAAGUAUCAAGAUCAAUCAGACGUUUUAAUAGCUGAAAUUGAUUGUGGACCAUUCAAGCCACUUUGUCAGAAGUUUGCUGUACGAGAAUAUCCGACGUUGAUUAUGUUUCGAGAUGGAAAAAGGUUUGAGAGAUAUAUUGGACCUCGAACGAGUAAUGACAUCAUCAAUUAUGUCAAAAGGUUUAUUGAGAAAAGAAAAUUAAAAGAUGGUGCUCAGUAAAGCUUUUGAUAUGAGCUUUUACGUGAG